CACCAUUGAUAGAAGGGCUGGUUCGCAGCCUUCAGCGCUUGCACAAGAGUCCUUCCAUGUCCGCCGUAUAUGGGAAAAUCGAGUAUUGCUGGCUUUGUUCCCAGACACGAUUCACUCUUAGAACGGCCCUUUUUCCCUUCGUCUUAUUCUCCCGCCCCUUCUGACAUCGGUUUGCUGCAGACUGGAUUUCCGGAUGUGGUAUUUCCCCAAGACAUCCGGAACUGAGUUUCGUUAAAUUCGUCACGCAUGUCAAAACCUCCCUCUCUUCCGCCUAUACAUGCGCAGCACACAACAUCGCCGAUGCCCACCAUGACCGAAACUCAGAGCGCUCCCCAGUUCCCUCCUCCAGCAUUCUUGGAUUAUUCGCAACGACGGCUUCCACAGCCGAUCCAACUCCCUCCUUUGACCAUCCCCCCUCCGCCACCUUCUCGAUCCGACUUUCAGUAUAGCCCGACUGUCCAGCAUCUACCAUCCAUCCAUUCCAGACCUCCCCCUCCACCACCUUCGCUAUCGGGUCAAGUUCCGAGUCCUAUCCCCGGACCGCCGCAUCACACUGCCCCCGCUCGGUAUCAUCAUCCUCGUUCGCACUCUGGUUCAGCUGCCCCGCUUGAGAAGCUGCUAUCACCGCAUCCAUUCACUCCCCCGAGGUCAGAUCCUGCGUACUCGCCCCAAUAUGAACCGAAAAGAUCCCCUCCAAGAUCCGCUGUGGACACCCGUCCUCCCCCAAGUCGCCUAACUGAGAAGUUCCAUCUGGAUGAUUCACGCCCUUCAACAGCCGAAUCCGUCUUCGCAUCUCCUGUGGAGUCCCAAAGACAUCCCUUUGCAUCUUUCCCCUCGCCUCAAGGGACCUCCAAUUUCCCUUCUAGUUCGACGACCUACCGUGGAUCAGUGGGCUCGCAUCGCGGUUCCACAGGUUCAGCGUAUGCCCCCCCUGGGUAUCCAGAACCGGUCACGACGGCUCCCAAAAUGGUCUCCAUGGUGCCCCCGCCGCCAUCAUCUACGGGAAAGGAGAGACCACUGAAAUAUGAACUGCGAGUCCGGCAACAGCCGGUCGCAGCGCGUGCCUGCGGGUUCGGUGAACGAGACAGGAGAGUGAUCGAUCCUCCGCCAAUCGUCCAGCUUCAUGUCACAGAUACGCAAACGGGAAGCGACAAUCUGGACGAACUCCGAUACUCUCUCAACGUCGUCCAUUGCACCCUCUAUAACGCCGACGGAACGUCUGAAGAAACGGCCCUGAUACAGCCCGAUCGUCGAACGACCCGAAGGCUCAUGGGGCAACUUGUCGCCAGUCCCUGCGUCGCCAAGGAUGAGCACGACAUCGAAGGCUGCUUUUUCUGCUUCCCGGACUUAUCUUGCCGAACCCAUGGGCACUACCGUCUCCGAUUCGUGUUGAUGCGGAUAGAUCCGACCGACCUACAUGUUGGCGGAUCCACCCCGAUCAUUACCGAAGUGCUGAGUGACGUGUUCACGGUCUAUACGGCCAAGGAUUUCCCUGGCAUGCGUCCAAGUAGCGCUUUGACGAGGGCACUGAAAUUGCAAGGCUGCAACAUUCAAGUCAAGAAAGGGAACGAGAAAGCAUUGACCCGGAAGCGAGCAUCUACGAGCGACGACGACGACGCGGGCGGAGAUGGACGGCGGGAUAAGAGAAGGAAAGAGUAGUGCGCAUGUCCCAUCCACUGCAUUCCGCCUUGGGGGUGCACUACUCAGCACUAUUUUGCAGCAUUUGACGGGUUUCGGAUAUGUUGCAUUUGCGAACAUUCGACAAUAGACAGGCGGUGUGGCUAGCUGCUGAU